CACAAUUUUUUUAAACGCAGAGGUUAACAUUUAACAUCAUUGAGCAAGAACCGCUAUGGUUUUAUUAAAAACACGUAAGGUUGUCUAUUUUUUUUUAAAUAAUUUAAUUUAAUUUUAGUAAACUCAUAUUCUCAAACUAUUCAGUGCAAUUGUAUCGUAAAACAAUUGUUAUUUUGGAAAAAAAUACCUCUAAACGGAAUAUGCGUCACAGUUAAUUAAAUAAUGUGUAUUAUUGAUAUUUAAGUUCAGAUAUAAAAUCCAACAGAUUUUUUUUAAUCCACAAUCCAUAAAAGAUUUACUGCAAGUUUCAGCAUGUUGAAACCGAUGAAGUGACCCGGAAAGGAUGGUGAAUGUGACAUGAGCCCACCUGGGGAACCAUUCCGCCACACGGGGGCGCAAGGAAAGUCCAUUAUCCAAGAUAAAAUUGCUACUGUGUUUUACAGCAUUGGCUUGUUGUGCAGCAGUUACCCAAUUUCUGUCUUAAUCGGGGCCCUUUUUGUUAUAAUAAGUUGCAGCUCACCUCUCAUUAAUAUCCCACUACCAUUCCGAUCGCCUCAGCAAGAAUGGACGUCCAGUGCCAACUUAACCAAAACGCCUUCUCAGCCUUUCUGUUUCGUUCAGCAGGUAGUACUAAAAGUAGCAGUAGUGCCAUGGGAGGCGGGCCUAAGUCGAGGUGAUGCAUUCCGUGCGCCUCUGUACGAGGCCUUCAAGUUACUCGAAAUUGUUAGGAAUUUCGAGGACACGCAGAGCGGAAAAACGUUGGGACACGUCUGCUUGCACGUGGAAGCCGUUACAAAGUACAAAGAUGCGCCGAACUUUAUGCCGCAGUACAAUUGUCUCGUCUUGUCUCCUGCCAAUUUCUGGCACCAAGACAUUCAAGAGUUCCAUGAAGACAAUUCCAUACUCACCACAAUUUUUAGCCAACACAAAUUCCAAAAGGGUAAAGUUUCAUUGGCCGAAAUGCUGUUCGGGAUGCGGCUGCGGCAAACUGGUAUCAAACGCUACCCCCUACGGAAUCGGCAGCGUAUCAUUCAAUACGCCGUGACCUUAUUUUUUAAGCACUUCGACAAAGAGUUCAUCGAAGGUCUUAAGGAGAAACUCGCCACUCACUACCCGCUGCAUCAGAACCGGUCGGUCCCGCUGCCCGACGACACCCUGGUAAUCCAGUUUCCUGAAGAAGUAGACUACUUGGAAGUGUCCCCGUUGGUUAUAGCGUUCGUUUUGUUGUUUCUUUACUACUACUUCUACGUUCGUAAAGUGGAAGAAAUCAAAAGCAAGCCGGGUAUGGCCUUCGCCGCGACCGUCACGGUAAUUUGCAGCUUGUCCAUGACGAUGGGGAUCGGGUUCUUUUUCGGCCUGGGCGUUAACAAUCAACGGGGCAAAUGGAUUUUUCCUUAUCUCGCUAUUCUGGUCGGACUGGAGAACGUGUUGGUGCUGACGAAAAGCGUGCUCAAUACCCCGUUCAAUUUGGACGCGAAGAUUCGUAUCGCCCAAGGCCUGAGCAAGGAGGGAUGGUCGACAACGAAAAAUUUGUUACUAGAAAUUACCGUGUUCACUUUCGGUUUGUUCACGUUCGUCCCCGCCAUACAGGAGUUCUGCCUUUUCGCCAUACUUUGCCUGAUUUCCGGCUUAUUCCUGCAAAUAUUCUUCUUCCUCCCGAUUAUAUCGAUCGACAUUACGAGGGCUAGUAACGCGAUGGAGAAAACCGGUCAGAAUUUCCGGAGCGCCCUGUACGAGCCAUGGUUUUUGGACAGGAGCGGGUUCCAGAACAGGGGCAUGAACCGGUCAAAAUCGCACCCGAGUUUCCCGACCAACGUGGUGGCGGGCCAGAAGCACGGCAAUCAAGACAAAAAGCUGCCGAAGAGGCUGCGCCUCGUGAAUAUUUGGGCCCGAACUCGGUUCUUCCAGAGGUCUCUGAUGGUCCUCAUGGUUAUGUGGAUCAGCGUGAUCGCCUACAACAGCGACUUGAUCAAUAAUUACAUGCUCACCGCGGUCGACGAUAAACAAUCGUCCGAUAAGGCACCCAAUUAUUCCAGCAUCGAUAUAAACCUGAAGCCGCCCGUGACACUCAAUUACGUCACGUACAGUCCGUGGGAAAAAGAUGGCCCGACGAACAAUAGAAGUUACGAUAUGGACAAACUAAGGCCGUCGGAAUAUGAUCCGUGGUUUAAACUGGUGCCCGGUCACUGGUCGUCCAUACUUAAAAAUUACAACAUAUCCGUCAGCGGUCGUAGCGUGGCCAUUUUGCCGAACAUCAAGCUGUCCCACGCGGUCAGCCCGGAACAGGCGGUCCUUUUACGGAACCCGGAAGAAAAAUAUGGCGAUAAGUUUGAGUGGCGGGCGCUCGCGAUCGCCCUAGACCCCAUCGACUUCAACGGAGAUGAUUCCAUGACAAACUCCGCCCACUCGUCCGAGCAACCUAUAUAUCCCCAGUCGCCGAUGGAGAUAUUUUUCUUGAUUAUAUUAAUCUUAAUCAGCGUCAUCGUUCUGGCUUACGCUUUCAUUCUGCUCUACAAGUGCGUGUGCUCUCGCAAUUACGCGGAGUGGAGGGCCUCGUGGUUUCCGGAGAAUAGCGAAGAACCGGUCGACGAACAGGUGCUUCUGGAGGCUGUUCCUGUGGUCGUCGAAGGUCAUCAGCAAGAUGUGGAAUGCAUCGCUACGGACGGAUUGAAUUUGGCGAGCGCCUGUCUAGGCGGCCAUCUUAAAGUGUGGGACAGCGUAACGGCAGAAUUAAUAUGCCAUAUCGACCGUUUGUCUUACUUUCUGGAAAACAGCCCCACGGAAGAAAGCAUAAGGGACGACGACGACGCGUCGUCGGACUACGAGUCCGGAUCGCCACCCACGCGUGGCGAAGCUUUUCCACGACUGAUGAACAGGAUCAACACGGACUUUUCCGGCGUUAAACCGAACAGUAACUCAAACGAACCGUUUAACGCGAGACAGGAGUUUUACAAAACUUUCAAGUACCAUUACUCGACUCACGGCGAAAGCGCGAAACUGAAGAUGGAGGCGAGGGCUUCGAGCGGCGCUAACGAGGAAAACCCCAACAAGUUUCCAUCCAUUUGGUGCAUAGAUUAUUUGGACAACCUGCUAGUGGUGGGCUGCGCGGACGGGAGGCUGGAGUUUUGGGAUGUGCUAACAAACCAAUUGAAGUGCCUAUUCGAGGACGGGACUCAAUCGGGAAUAACGCACGUCAAAAUAGUGGGAACGAAAUUGAUCGCGGCGCAUUUGUGCGGAACCCUGGAUUUGUUCCAACUUCAGACUUACACGCAAGGCCGACCGGUGGAUUGGAGCUUCAGCUGCGCUUACAGAAGGACGCACGUGAGGACCGGCUCCAUGGGAUCGAUGCCCGAGAGAGACGUUCAACUUACCUCCGAAGAUCUGAGGUGCAACAAAAUAGCGAGCGUGAGGGCUCACCAACAAUCCAUUACGUGUCUCGACUGUGAGGGCGGCAGAAUCUUAACCGGAAGCCAAGAUCAUACGUUGAAGGUGCACAGACUAGAGAACGCCGACAUACUCUAUACCCUCCACGGGCACUGCGGGCCCAUUACAUGUCUGUUUAUAGACAGGGUAUGCACGGCAACAUCGGGAAGUGGCUCCCAAGAUGGUAUGUUGUGCGUAUGGGACUUGCUAUCAGGGGCGUGCAUGUACAGUCUCCAAGCGCACGACGGUUGCAUAAUCUCCCUAACCUACUCUGCCAGUUACGUAAUCUCAUUAGGAAUAGACGAGCGUCUUUGCGUGUGGGAACGGUUUCAGGGGCACUUGCUGAACACGAUCUUGGUCGGGCAAGUGUUCACGAGCGACAUCGUAAUGCUGGCUUCGCACUUGGUGGUGACCGCCAAAAAUGGCGGGUUAAUAAUAUGGGACGUUCGCAGCGGCGAAUGCGUCAGGACGAUCGCCCUCGGCAGGGACCCUUUUGUGUUCAUUAACCGUCUGACGUUGUUGCACGACGCCGUGCUGUGCGAUUACGGCAAACAAUUGAGGAUCGUUCGUUUUCCGUUAAUUUCCCAUAAGUUCGAUUAAUAUCGCACGCUUCGGAUCGCAAUUUUAUUAUUAUGCCUUUUGAGUAAGAUGACGAACUACUUCAGAUGGAAAAUUGAUUAACAUUUUUUUUAUAAUGAAAAUUUUAAGCAAUUUUAAUUAAAAAAUGGAUUAAAAAGAGAUAAAUUUAUUAAAUUUUGAUAUUAAAAAAUUGAUAGUAUUCUUUAUAACAUUGUUAAAAAAAAUAAAAUUUUAUUAAUAAUAAUUAUAAUUAAAUAACAUAAAUAAAAUAAUGACGAGGUUUGAAAUUCUCUUCCGUAAUCUUAAACUUAAAUGUGACGAUAAAAAAAACAUGAUUUUUUUUUACCAAGAAAUCAGUUAAAAUUUCAUUUGUUAACUUAAAAGUUAGUUAAUAAUACGAAAAUAAACAAAUAAUUAAAAUUUCAUAAAUUUAUCUCUUAUGGUUGAUUUUUAAGCCAUUUUUUAAUUAAGAGUGCUUAAAAUUUUCAUUAUAAAAAAAUGUUGUUAAAGUCGCAGUUUUAAAAAAAAUCGUGGUCAAU